CCAGUUUCUUUCUUUCUCCCAUUUUGCAGAGAUGGGCUGAAGCUUGAAACUGAAGUGCUGGACGGGAAGCCGAGGCUGAUUUUAGCCGCUUCUGAUAAAGCAAAGCCUGCAAUGAAGAUGGGAAAUAAAGCCAGAGUGUCUAAACAGACUUUGAGAAUAAGGCAUACUGGGCAUAUGCUGAGGUCAACACAAAACGCUUGCAUCAAUCAGGAAAACUUAGCAAAAUCAAGGAGUGGAUCGAGCUUAUCAAUGUCAAAAGGUGAAAGAGUGCAAGUAACUAAACCUUCCUCGCUUGAAGCCACAACUAAAGAUCACUCUUUGAUUUUCCAAAGAGAUACCACAAACAGGAAGCCCAAUUCUGAGAAUCUUAGUGUUCAAGAAAGUAAACACGAACAUCAAAAUACACAUAUAUCAGCUGAAGAUCUAAGAAGUUUGGUGUGUUUAACACAAGAACAGCUUCAGCAGAUUUUGAUGAUUGUAAAAGGAGAAACUAGGCAUAUAUCUGAGAAUCCCAGUGAAAAGCAAGAGGAAACAGGCACUAGUAAGGCGUCAGAGGAAACCAUUGUAGCAUUGCUCCAAAACAAUUGUGAAAUGCCAUCUGUUCCAGAUGAGGCUAACUCUAAUUCAAGCAGGAAAGAAGAGUCAUAUCCACAACCAAGAGAGAAAGUUAUAAAGGAGUCCUGGAAACCCGCUGACAUGUUUAGUACCUUGGGUGAAAGAGAAGGAGAGAAAGCCUUAUUAGAAUCAAAAAAGAGCCAAUGGAAGAAGGAAUUAGAUGAACAGGUAGCACUGAAGAAGAAACUGAAAGAAACUUUGGAAGGAGAUGUGGUUUAUUUAGGGGCAAAAUCUGGAAAUGAUAGAAAUCGUACCGAAAAAAUGGAAACAGUUGACCCAGAUAAGGAAGCUGUGCUACAGGAGCGACCUUUGAGUGCUUUGAAGCAUGAGCAACAGAAGAAGUGGCUUGAAGAGCUGGACAAACAGAAGGAAGAAGCUAAGCUACGAAAAAUAGAAGAAAAAAUGAAUUUAUCAAAGGCUGAAGAGCAUGACAGAUGGGCAAUGCAUUUUGAUUCUUUAAAGAACCACCUUAAUACUAACGCACAACACCCCUUAAAUGGAAUGUACAAAAAGCAGCCUGAAAGUCUUUGCCUGUCACCUGACCCUAAGGAGCUGACUGCUUUUGUUCACCCUUUCUCACCUGCAGCUUUAGGCAACUUCAUGCCCUCAAAAGUGGAAAAUGCAGAAAAAGGUGCUAAAAACAGUGCUUUGGAUCACAGUCAGAAAACCAGUUUCCUUCGUUCAAUGACAGCUCUCCUGGAUCCUGCACAGAUUGAAGAGAGAGACAGACGGCGGCAGAAGCAGUUGGAACAUCAGAAAGCAAUAAUGGCUCAGGUGGAAGAAAAGCGGAAGAAGAAACAACUGGAAGAAGAGAAGAGAAAAUUGGAGGAACAAGAGGAAGAACAGCGCCUAGCACGAGAAAAAGAACUGAUGCAGAAACAGUUUGAAGAAGAUCUGCUUAAACAAAAACAAAAGGAGGAACUUGUGAUUCUGAAAACAAAUGAGCUGUAUCAGACGAUGCAGAAAGCUCAAGAAUUAGCACAGAGAUUAAAACAGGAACAGCGCAUCCAAGAUUUGGCUCAGAGAGGACAUGACAUUUCAAAACUUAAGAAGAAUCUUGGGGGGGGUGGCAGUGAAUUUGAAAACUGUAAUACUGAUGCUUCACGUCAAAGUCAUAAUUUCUCUGCUGACAUUAACAUUGAUCAGCAGACUUCUUGGAAAGAUACUGCUGUACAGACAGAUGACUAUACUACUUCAGCAUGCACUGAUACAGCUGAGGAAAGAACUUCAUGUUGCGGGUCACCGGAUAUUUCCAUAGAAUAUAAAGAAACCUCUAACAGCAAAAAAUACCAGAAAGAAAUGCAGUAUACAGAUAAAAACAGAAUUUCAGGACAAGAGAAUGGUGACAUCCAUAGUGAGCUGUAUGAACAAUAUGCAAGAAAAGAAAGACAAGUUAAAGCUUCAGAAAAACCUGGCAAAAGACCUGACUGGAAUAUAAACAAGCCUGAGAAAAGAUACAUUCCAGCAUCAGAAAGAUACCCCAAACCACUGCAAAAACAAAGGGAAGAAAAUAAAGUAAGACGACAAAUGGAGCUGCUUCAGUUGGUAGAAAGAAAUACCCCUGGGAAUCUCUACCAAAAAAAGAGUUGUUGUUCAGAUAGGUCUCCUUCACCUCAUGAAGAACUGAAGAAUAAGGGACAUAGAAUCAGAAAGGAAGAACAACUCCGUAAGAAUCAUUUGAAUGAAGAAAGAUCUGACUCACUACCUGUUCCAGCAGUUAAGAACAGAUUACAAGCACAACAAAAACAGAUAUGCAGCAGGAAAUUGGAAGUAUAUAACAAUAGUAGAAGAGAGAAAAAUACCAAGGCAGAUAUACAGCAGAAGAGCUUCCCUCCUGCGGUUCCGGAAGCUGGAAGACCUCCUUCUUCACAGUUCAUUCCGUAUGUUCGAACAAACGAAGUGUAUUACCUCGAUCCAGAUGCACCAGUGACCAGACCUUCAACACACGACCCACAGUAUCGACAGUUUAAUGAUUCUUACCAAGUGCCACGACAGAUUUUUAGCUCUGAUCACACUAGAGAUCCUCUUCUAAAUCCUGAUGUAGUUAAAAUCAGAGAGAGACAACAAGCAAUUCUAAAAGGACUGUCAGAACUACGGCAGGGCCUCCUGCAGAAGCAAAAGGAGUUGGAGUCAGAUCUAAUUCCUGUUAAAGCUCAAGAAGAGAACUUUAUUUCACCAUUUUGAAAGGUACUUAAGACUGUACUGAAUUAUUUAAAUGUAGCAGCACAGCAUUUUGCUACUGUAAUUGUGAACUACCUAUAUUAUUUUUAUUAAAUAAAUUAUUAUGCAAUUUUUGAUAGGA